AUGGCCACAGAAUCGACGAAGUUGCAGGUGGAUAAGAUGCUGAUGAAGAAGUUGAAGAAGGACACCGGGUUCGAGCCGACGAUGAAGAAGCUGUUCGAGAAGGCGAAGAAGGCGAAGCCUAAGAGUGUGACGGCUACCGUGCUGAACACGAAGACGACAUUCGCCGCGGGAGCUAAGGGCAAACCUGUUGUGCCUUUGAUAGAUUAUGCGAAAGUGAAGAAACUUAGCAAGGGACCGAUGAAGGAUAAAUGCGCGGUUGUGGCGUACGAAGGUGAUGCCAAGAAGAAGAUCUACGUCAUCGCGAUGCGUUUUGCAACCGAGGAAGGCUUGAAGGUGUUCUACGACGCAGCCAACACCAAGGGCGUGAAGCCUCCAGAGCCGAAGCCAGCGCCACCACCGUCGCCAACUCCUGAGCCCACGCCAAGACAACCGUCACCGCCAUCUAGUUCUUCGUCUUCGCCGUCACCGGCGCGACCAAGUACUCGUGAAUCGCGACCAACUGCGCGUCGUUCUCCAGUCCCUGUUACACGUACUAGCACAUCUAGAAGUUCAGAUACUGAGUAUACCAUUCACGAGUACCCUCAAGCACAGCCAGCACCUAAACCACAACCACAGCCCCAAAGACCUGCUUCAUCAUCAUCAUCAUCUUCGUCUUCGUCUUUAAGAAUGCCAACUCCCAAGCAACCAACACCACGUCAGCCAACACCGCGUCAACCAACACCGCGUCAACCAACACCACGACAGCCUACACCCCAGCGGACUACCCAACAACGCCGAUCUAGCUCCAGUUCCAGCUCAUCGUCUUCCUCCAGGAGAAUUCAAAGGAAGCCCAUGCCAUCUCCAGCUCCAAUUCGAACCACCUACGUCUCAACUGAUCAAAUCGACUCCCGAGGUGACAGGCGGUACCGAUCGAAUGGCGACGUUAGUCAGGUGAAUAGACCGAACGAUUUCGCCACCAGCUACUUAGGCAGCGAUGAUCGUGAUUUCAGAAUUUCCAAGUCAACAAGACCAUCACCAGAGCCAGUACGCAUCUACCGUUCUGAUAAGGUCAAAAGCGAAAAGUAUGCUGAACCCGUUCGUAUGUACUACUACUCAUCAAGAGCAAGUAGACGCAGUGCCAGCAGUAGCAGCAGCAGCAGCAGCAGUUCGUCUUCCAAUGGAAGCUCCUCCAGUAGUGAAAGCAUCGCAACCAGGUGGCUGCGGCAUCGGUCGGGAAGAAGAGGCGAAAACCACAGUCGAGGACGGGGUUACCGCCUGCAGGAUCGGAAACGCUACACGUCCAGCUCAAGUCGCUCCUCCUCCUCAUCAUCCGACGGCAUUCAAGUUCAGAACUGGAGGAUAAGGCGCAGAAGCUCGUCGUCAUCGUCGUCUUCCUCCUCUUCUUCCUCCUCUUCAGCGGAAUUCUUGAAGAAAGGCCCUGGUGGCAAUCGUGGCAGGUCAGACAGACGCCAGAACCUCACCUUUAUCAAUUCCCGAUAA